CGCUGACCUGAAGAGACAGAUAAAGAUUCAAAAGUUACCUUGUGGUCCAACAUUGACGACGACAGACUACUGUGGAUUGAGGUAGGGUCAAGGAAAUUAGUUUACUUCGGACGAAAUUGAGUUUAUUUAAUAAUUUACAAAUAGAGAAGUCUUGGCUGUGCUCUGUUCUGUAGUAACGCACGCAGGAAGCAGCCAGAGCACGAAAGAAGUGUCUCUAAUACAGAAUCGGAAAGUGAAAUGUUUAGUGAAAUUCGACCGAAUUGUGGCUCAUAAAAACACACAACUUUCUUCACAUGACAAAUUAAAAACGAACUUUCCAAGGCGAGUGUUUUAUGAAUGAACGGCAGCCGGAACAUGAAGAUCGCUCGGGAUGACAGCGCCGCAAAACUCGGCUGCAGUUCCACUCAACACAUCGGAAAGGAUAUACAAGUGUUAGCGGUGUUUCAUUUUAUUACCUUACGCAAGCUUGCAAUCUGACUGAGUAUGAAAGCCUUUAAAACUCGGACUGUCCAUUUGGUUUUCUCUUUGAGGAUUGUCGUCUCUGCUCACGUUAUAAUAACUUAAAUUUCGACGCCUGCCAUUUUUACAAACCUUUGUUUGGUACUUCUGUUGCUACUUGGUGCCGUCUUUCAAGUUUGUUUAUUUUUAUUUUUGUCAUAUGAAUUGAAUUUCAGGAUGCGGAUUUUGUGGUUUCUAUCAAAACUGGUUCUUCUGUCAUCAGUAACAUUGGCUAUUAAACAGAAUUCUAAACCCAACAUCAUAUUCAUAUUGGCAGAUGAUCUGGUGAGUAUAGUGGAUUAGUUAUGUAAAUUUCCUGAUUGUAAGAAAGAUAGCCUGCCCAAUUCUCAUACAGUUGUUUUGAAACCUAGCAUUGGGGUCAUCUGUGCAUGUUUUAUUUUGGGGUAAGACAUUUGACUUUUACAGUACCAUUUUUCACCUGAAAUUGCUUCUUUGACCAUUGCUUCACUUUCUGUUGCUCUUUUAGGGAUGGGAUGAUGUGAGUUUUCAUGGUUCGGAGCAGAUUCCAACUCCAAACCUGGAUGGACUGGCUAAUAGUGGGGUAAUUCUCAACAAUUAUUAUGUGCAAAGUAUUUGUACACCAACAAGAAGUGCUAUAAUGACAGGCCGAUAUCCCAUCCAUACAGGUGAGUGUUUAGAAAAUUUACUUGCUCUAAUUUGAGCAUUGUUUGCCAGUCCACUUUUUUUUUUCCAAGGAACACAGUAGUAUCUCAUUAUUUAUAUCACUCCUCUGGUAUAAUGCUAGGUUUCUGUGUUGUUUGUUUGUUUGUUAUUUUCAUGAGUACUGUUUUGAAUGGUUAUGUAUCCUUUUCAGGUAUAUAUGUUUUGUGCUAUGUUUUCUAUUUUAGGGGAAGAUUAUUGUCAGAUUUUCAGUGUGGUAGACUUACAUGUAGGACCAUGUUGACUGUUCUCAAACAAUGCAUUAGCUUACAUUAUUGUAUGGCUGACAACACCCAUGGGAAAGAUGAAGCAAAUCUUGUGUUAUGAUUGGCCAUGUGAGCCCAUAUUUGCUGCUUGGGAUUGCCUGCAUUGAUCCCAUGCAAAAAAAAAAAUUGUGUGAAGCAGGCUUACAAAGGUUAUAAUUUAUCCACAGUGUCAGGAGUUGUAAAAAGCAACAGAAGACAGUAACAACAAAGAAAACACAUUAAACAAGUUUCAUGAUUUAAAUUUGGUACAAAAAGCAACUCUCUUUCCCAGAACUCAAAAAAGCAAGUCAUUUGUGAUUCUUAUUAAACCAAAAUCUUUUUGCCAUUAUAUGAUAAAUCCUUGAUACAUUUAUCAAUUAAAGCUUUAACUUCCUCCUCCCCCUCGAGGCAAAAAUUUUGUUAAAUGUCCCACCUAUUUUUUCAGUAAAAGGCAUAAUCAGAAACAGUAACUUUCUUCAUGUUGACCAAGCUAUAAAACCUACACCCUGCAGACUUUUUUUCCUUAGCCAUUUCAUAGCUGAAGUGAAAUAUUUCCCUUAAACACAUACUUAAUUAGGGAUAUAAUACUAGUAAUCUUCUAGAAAGACUCAACAUUAAAUUUCAGUUCAAAUUUCUCACCCUCCCCGGGGGUACGGACAACAGUGAUAUUCUCUCCGGUUGAAGGGGGGAGAUGUUGAAGCUUGAAAUUGAUCAACACAUUAUUGACAAAGCUUGUUCAGUAAAUAUGGCUGGAUAUUAAAAUUGUAAAAAAGGAACUCAGUUAACAUUGAACCAUCUUGGCCUCAGGCUUGGUUAGCAGGGCACAUUUACAUUGAAAGACAACAUAGUCACAAAGAAAGUACAUUGCAUUAUUAAUGUACUCAAAGUCAUUUCAACCAAACCACAUGUAACAAGACUUAACUUGUUCUCCUGAUUAUCUCAUAGGAAUGCAGCAUGAUGUCAUAUUAGCUAGUCAGCCCUAUGGCCUUGGUUUGAACGAGACUCUUUUGCCUCAGUACCUAAAAGAACUUGGGUAUGCUACACAUGCUGUUGGAAAGGUAAUAGUUAGACCAUAACAAUUUAAAAAUUCUGCUUAAUAACUUUACUGAAGCUCUACCAAGUUUUACUUCAUUGGUGGCUAAAACCACUUGGUGGGAAAAAAGGGAAUGUAAACUCCCAUCUACUACUGUGCUGCUAACUUUGGGGAAUGCUGCAUCAUAAAUUUUUGGGAGAGGGUAAAAAAAAUGGUAAAAAUAUGCUCCUGUUAUGUGUUUCCUCCUUUCCAUGGCUUUGCAUGCUUCUCAAAAUGUAAUGCAAGCUGCAUAAUGGAUAUGGCUUAUUUUCAUUAAUUUUUUUUCCAGUGGCAUCUUGGUUUCUUCAAAACAGACUACACUCCCACAAGGAGAGGAUUUGACACCUUCUUUGGUUAUUACUGUGGAAAAGAAGAUUAUUGGGACCAUUCAAAUCGUGAGACAAAUGGAUGGGGAUUAGAUCUUCACAACAAUACAGAGGUACAUGUAAAUCUGUUAAUUAAGAACUGGUUUAUUUAAAUGAUGAAAAUGAAGUAACAUGCAUGUAAACCAAAGAGUGUCAGGUAUUUAUGCAAACCUAUGGUAAAUUGUGAACCCUUUCACUUUGGAGAUCUAAAUGUAAAUUCUCUCCACUGUCUACCUUACAAUUUUUUUAAUUUUAGCCAUUAAAAAAUUGGUGUCAGAGCAGAUAACAUUGACUUAUUGAUGUUUCUUUUUUCUCAACACCUUUUUGCCCAAAACUGUAUUGGAAUUGUAAGGAGAUAUUCAAUUUUGGUCACACCUGGGGACAAAAAGGUUAAAUUUCCAAAAUCAUUCAUUUUAUGUUGUAGAGAAAAGGAAGGAGAAAGUUUCUCCCUGAAAAUAUUCAAAGAGUCCCAUCUGCAGGUCUACUGUACCAAUUUUAUCCCCUUUUUUGUCCCUUGGAGUUUUCUUUCCUCUAACAAGGGUGCAGGUGAUGCAAAAAUAGGAAAAAAACAUCACUGUGAGGAAAUGUUGAUGUAAGAAUUGUAGCAAAGCCAGUUGGGAGAAUUACUCUUAUGACCUUAAGAGUGAAUGGAUUGAAAAGGAAUCCUUACCCCCCUCUCCCUAAUUAUGCACAUUUUCAAAUUUACAUUACCUAAGUAGUAAAUUUAUUGACCUGUUAACCUUCCUCCCUUUUGCACACAAAUUCUCAUUUCCUUCUGUGCAUUCCUCUUUGUAAUGUGUUUUGCUAUCAUUUACCAUUUCCACUCUGCCUCCAUCUCUUUAUCCCUCACUUGUCUUACCUCUUCUAUGCUUUUUCUUGAAUUUUUACAAUGUUUCCUCAUCUUCAUUUCUUAAAUUUGAGUAUUUUCUUAUAAAAUUGAUCUCUUCUUUCAACCCUUUGACCCUCAAAAGUGACUAGAAUCUAAUUUCUCCUUACAAUAUCCCUCUUAAGUCAAACAUCAGGGUCACGAGAAUAAAGAAAAUGAUCACCAAAUUAACAAUUUAACUCUUGACUGUUAAACAAAUUCUCCUUGUCAGCUCCUUUGGAAUGUACAGAGAACAGUAUGGAGAAGAUGCAUACUGAUGCAAGGGUGUAAAGGGUUGGUAUCACAACUGUUCAAAGUGUUUAUUUACAUGCAACUGUACUAUUUACACAUCUCUUUUCAGCAUACAUUUCAGCCUGUCUGGACGGAAUGGGGCCAGUACAGUACUGAUAUGUUUACAGAGAGAGCCAUAGACAUCAUUAAAAAGCAUGACCCUUCCAAGCCAUUGUUUUUGUAUCUUCCUUACCAAGCUGUCCACAGUGCAAAUUACAUUCAGCCAAUUCAGGCCCCUCCAGAUGAAAUCAAGAAGUUCUCCCACAUCAAAGAUGAAAACAGAAGAAUCUUUGCAGCAGUGGUUUCAGUCCUUGAUCAGAGAGUAGGACAGGUACACACAACGCUUGUUUUAUUUAUACUGUCUUGUUUUUUAAGUUGCUUUGAAUUUUUAUAUUUCUUUUUGUUUGAUUAAGUGUAGGUUUUAGGUGCUUUUAAUGCUUUGAAACUUGCAAUUAAAUUGGCUUUGGGCGAAAGAGUUAGUGAUCUAUAGUAGGUCUCUAAUGAGUUUAAUAAAAAUCUCUAUUGCAGCUUGUUGAUGCACUCAAAGGGAGUGGUUUGUACAACAAUUCAGUGAUCGUCUUCUCGACAGACAAUGGUGGUCCUGCAAAUGGUUACGAUAUGAACAUGGCUUGUAAUUUUCCCCUGAGGGGCGUAAAAUGGACGUUGUGGGAAGGUGAGUCGAAGCAUCCUUCAACCCUUUACACCCUAACAUAAGUAUGAAUAUUCUCCAUACAGUCUUCUUUGUAUUCCUUGGGGUAUUGAAAAGGAGAAUUUGUUCAACAAUCCAGAGCUGCUCUAGCGGGUGAUCAUUUCCUUGAUUUUCGCGACCUUAAAGUUUGAUUCAGGGAUGAUGUUGAAAGGAAAAUUUGAUGCAAGUCACCCUACGGGGUUUGAAGAGUUACUCGUUUGUGGUACAUGCAUAUCGUUGAAGUGGUAUGCAUUUUUGUAGUUUGUGUGUAAAUUGAUUGUAAGUCGUCAAUUGUCUCAAUAGGAGGCGUUCGUGGCGCGGGAUUCGUACACAGUCCUUUACUGGCCCAGAAAGGCCGAGUAAGCAUGGAUUUGAUGCACGUGACUGACUGGCUUCCCACACUGUACAGUGUAGCAGGAGGUGACAUUCAUAAACUUCGUAAUGUGGAUGGCUAUGAUAUGUGGGACACGCUUUCUCAAGCUUCUCUAUGUCCCCGCGAAGAGAUUCUUCUCAACAUAGACCCUGUCAGAGGUGACUCGGCUUUACGGUACAGGCAGUGGAAGCUUCUUGUUAAUAUAAGUAAGUAUUAUUGUACGGUAUGAUGUCAAACCGAUUUUUCUUUGUAACAACUCUCUGUUUAUGCGAACUGAGUGAAAUAAGACUAAAUUUGAAGAGUUUGAGCUAGCAGUUGUCUGUGGAUGUCACUGAGUCAGCGACGUCGAUAGAAAAAGUGUGAUUUAGUAUAAUCAACUGAGUUGAUAACGUAAAUUGGCCACCGUAAAGAGUUUCAAAGCUGACGUUUCGAGCGUUAGCCCUUCGUCAGAAUGAAUGAAAAGUGGGUGAGCGAAAAACAGCGCAGGUAUGGGAAAAGCAGGGGAAAAGACUCUUCGUUUCUUUCCUUAUAAUACACGCUCCGUUUUACGCCUGCCAAUUUUUCGAUCUUCUUCACUGAUGCACGGUGUUGGAAUUAAACAGUUUGCCUGACAAUAUGACUAAAUUAAAAAAUGCAACUCAUCUCUUUUAGUUGUAAUACACGACUAUACAUUUUUAAAUUAAAAUCAAUCUGAACAUUUAACUGUGGCUUAAAUAUAUGGCGCUUACUCCUGUACAUAUCACUAGCACUACUCUGACAUGUUAUCACCUUAUGACGUUGUUUCUCUCCCCCACCCCCAGGUUCAGGCUGGAGCGGAUGGUAUGCUCCCCCCGGAAUUGAAUACUCCAACCAUUCUACUCGAGCUGCGCAUGCGUCGUUGAAGAAUGCCGUCGUUACUUGUGGUGAGCCGCCAAGUUCCCCUCCUGAGUGUACCCCCGAGUUGGGUCCAUGCUUGUUUGAUGUUCUAGCUGACCCGUGUGAGUAUGUGAACCAGGCUAAAAACCACCCGGAUGUUGUAGACGGCAUGUUGCAUUGGCUUAAAGAGUACAGAGAAACGAUGGUACCGACGAGGAACAAGCACUUUGAUCCUAGGGCUAAUCCAAACAACUUCGGUGGAGUUUGGUCUCCUUGGAUGGACUGAGAACUUGCUUCGAGAUUAGACCCUUUUAAGAGAAAAUGAGGAAACAGAGAAACUCCUGGUCUAAGCAGGGCGUGAAAUUGCGCCUAAUACAGGCGCCAAUGCGACUAAAUUUUUUACUUUGGCGACCAAAUCCUGAAAAUUAGUCGCCAAAUUGGCGACUAGAAUGUUUCAUCACAACCUUACUUAGAAUUUUAUAGUAAAUUAAAAAGAUUUGCAAAGAUAAAUCCGCGGCAAACUUCCUCAUUAAGUUUGUUUCCAAAACGCAGCACAUGCAUCUCAAUCGAUAACUAAAUUUAGGAUGGAUUUAGGUGAGCUUGAACGUUGCAUAUCAUCCAUUCUAUUGUCCACUUUGUAGCACGUUAAAGAUCUUUUCCCUAACUUAAUUUCUAGAACGAUGACAGCGAAAAAAAAAGGGUUUGUUUGUCUUUGAAAAUGGCGACCAACUUUUUUGAAUUGGCUACCACUUUGAAUAAUUUAGGAGCCAAGUGGCUAUCAGAAAAAAAAAUCAAUUUCACGCCCUGCUAAGCCCUUGGAUAUAACUGCUAUUCUCAUAAACGAAAGUAUGUUUUCCCAGACGCCCGUACAGAUUAUCUUUUCGGUGUUUUCCUUUCCUGAUCGGCCGCCAUGAUUACUUUGGUUUUGGUUUUGCAAAAAUCAAUCGAAAGCGCUCUAGCAUUCAUUUAAUCACAAUCUAAAAGGGUCAGCUUUUAAGCUGGAGUAUGAUCGACUUCUUCAUCUUGGAGUGCUCUGGAACAACCAGUAACUCUUUUUGUGACUCGAGUGACCAGACUCGUCCCUUUUUUUUAAAAGUAACAUAAUUGUUUUCCGAGUGGAAGAUCUAAUGUAUGGUUGAAAAGGAAAUUCCACGUCUCAAUACGCAUUUCGAAAUUUAAGGAGACCGUAAUUGUUUUGGACUUUAAAAAAUUAUGUUCAAUAUUUUAGUCUGUGCAAUUCAAGAGUUUUAUCCAUAUACUGAAUGUUGAAACUGUGUGAUGGUAAGAAAGAUACAAGCAACUAAAUAUGUUAGUAGAUAGAUCAGCGCUGUACGCGUUGUAGAAUUAUAUCCUGAGACAAGGUUAGUGUUGCCUCGAAAUUUGUUGUAAAAUAAUGAAAUAAACUUGCACGUAAUGCGCUGCAAUUUCGUCUCAAGACUAAGCUUACUAUCGUUAAGGAGUAGUCUAACCUUAAAGAAGGACAGUUUGUCUAAUAAUAAAAAAUUUGUUGAAUUUGUGAUCAUUUCCAAUUCUCACAACUCUCCAAGGUGGAAAUGAAGGAAACCAUGUUAUUUUAAAUGAAGCUAGGCGCUUUGGGAAGAACGUCUCAAACCACGAAUUCGGGGUCUGGCAAGAACUUUGGUGGUAUGGAGCUAAAGAUGGAUGUCUGACAUUGUGGGUUGUUGUGGUUCGAUAUCGUUUGUUGAGUGCUGAGCGGAAAUCUUGCCUCAGAAGCUAAUUAUCGCAGGGUUUUUAAAAAGGAAAAAGACUAUGCCUCAAAAGGUGCCGUAUCUUUCAGUUAGUACUCACUCCGAUAGGAAUUUUAGAUGAAAUUGUGAUGAUUUGUUGUUGCGUUAGCUGGCGGUCGAUGUACUUAACCUACGCUUACCCAGCUGUCACGCAACGCUUGAAUCAACAAAGUCACCUGGUUAGAAUAACCAUUUGAGAGAAUAAACCUGUUUAGGCCGAAAAGUGAACUUACCAACUGAGUAGCCGCUCUUUCGGUAAUAAAUGAGAUAAUCGAAGGAGUGUAAUGGUAGAGUAACAGAGUACAUAAAAACGAAUUCUUAGUUCGUCUUGCUCACCGCGCACGCGAUAUAGAAAUAGAAGUCUGGGUACUGAAUCAGGACAAUCAUGUGAUGGUCAUUUGAAGAGACAGUGAAAGAUUUCAAAUUUAUCUUGUGGUCCAACAUUGACGAAGACAGACUACUGUGGAUUGAGGUAGGGUCAUGGAAAUUGUUUACUUCGGACGAAAUUGAGUUUAUUUCAUAAACAAAUAUAUGCAUGAGGAAACUUUUGAGUAUUUUGGACUUAUUGUUUCGAUGAUAGCGCUCAGGUGUCAAAAUUACUUUUGUUAAUUUUAUAAGAUCACACCGGAGUCUUUGAUGCUCAAUGAAAAGCUGAUUUUUCAACGACUUUGAAACAUAUUUGUUCUUUUUGGAACUAAGCAGCCAUGAUCUAGGGAUUACCUGGCCGCAAUUUACGAACAACUGAAUUCUGCGUGCAGAAAUUGUGCAAAACAUCUCAGGUCGUCUCUGGCAGUUCAUAUGGGUUACUGGGGUUCUGCUAAAAAAUUUUUUAGCCAUGCCUUCUCUCCUGCAUGGUUACUUAAUUGAUGCUGUCUUUUAAGUCUGUUGAUUUUUAUUUUUGUCCUAAUAAUUAGAUUUCAGGAUGCAGAUUUUGUGGUUUCUAUCAGAACUGGUUCUUCUGUCAUCAGUAACGUUGGCUAUUAAACAGAAUUCUAAACCCAACAUCAUAUUCAUUUUAGCAGAUGAUCUGGUGAGUAUCGUGGAUUAGUUAUGUAAGUUUCCUGAUUGUAAGAAAGAUAGCGUGCCCAAUUCUCAUACAGUUGUUUUGAAACCUAGCAUUGGGUUCAUUUGUGCAUGUUUUGUUUUGGGGUAAGACAUUUCACUCUUACAGUACCGUUUUGGGCUGAAAUUGUUAACCCCUUGGUCCCCAAGAGAGAUAUCAAGUUUCAAGGGACUCUCAAGUUUUUCUUUAACCAUUGCUCAAUGUUCUAUUGCUCUUUUAGGGAUGGGAUGAUGUGAGCUUUCAUGGCUCAGAGCAGAUUCCAACUCCAAACCUGGAUGGACUGGCUAAUAGUGGGGUAAUUCUCAACAAUUAUUAUGUGCAGUGUCUUUGUACACCAACAAGAAGUGCUAUAAUGACAGGCCGAUAUCCCAUCCAUACAGGUGAGUGUUAGACGAUGUUUGUUAGUCCCCUUUUUUUUUUCCAAAGAAAAAGGUAGUAUCUCUGUCAUUACUUAUAUCACUCCUGUGGUAUUGCUUGGUUUCUGUGUUGUUUGUUUGUUAUUUUCCUGAGUUCCAUUUUGUCCAUUUUGAAAGGUUAUGCAUCCUUUUCAGGUAAAUAUGUUGUGUGCUAUGUCUUUUAUUUUAGGGGAAGAUUAUUGUCAGAUUUUCAGUGUGGUUGACUGAAAUGUAGGACCAUGUUGACUGUUCUCAAACACUGCAUUAGCUUUCAUCACUGUAUGGCUAACAAUGCCCCUGGGCAAGAUGAAGCAAAUCUUGUGUUCUGAUUGGCCACCUGAACCCAUCUUUGCUGUUUGGGAUUACUUGCAUUGAUCCCACACAAGAGAAAAAAUAUUGUGUGAAGCAGGUUGCUUCAACACCUGACAUUUUGCACAAUAUCAGGAGUUAAAUUGUAAAAAGCAGCGGAAGACAGUAGUAACAAGGAAGACACAUUAAAGAAGUUUCAUGACUUAAUUUGGUACAAAACCGACUCUCUUUGCCAGAACUAAAAAAAAGCAAGUCAUUUGUGAUUCUUAUUGAACCAAAAUCUUUUUGUUAUUAUAUGAUAAAUCAUUUAUACAUCCAUUAAUUAAAGCUUCAACAUUCUCCUCCUCAGGCAACCCCCCCCCCUCAGGUAUUUGAACUGUUGAAGAUUGGUUUGUUCAAAUUCCACCCCCCCUCCCCUUGAGGCAAAAAUUAUGUGCAAAUGUCCCACCUAUUUUUUGUGUAAAAGGCAUAAUCAGAAACAGUAACUUUCUUCAUGUUGACCAAGCUAUAAAACCAAGACCUUGUGGACCUUUUUUUCUGAGUCAUUCCUUAGCUGAAGUGAAAUAUGUACCUUAAACACCUCCUUAGUUAAGGAUAUAAUACUUGUAGUCUCCUGGAAAGACUCAACUUUUAAUUUGGGUUCAAAUUCCCUACCCCCCCUGGUAUGGACAACAGUGAUAUGCUCACGGGUUGAAAGUGGAGGGAGACAUUGAAGCUUGAAAUUGAUCAGAACAUUUUAUUGACAAAGCUUGUUCAUUAAAGAUGGCUGAAUAUGAAAAGCGCACAAAAAGAACUUGGCUAAUAUUGAACCAUGUUGGCCUCAGGCUUGGUCAACAAGGCAUAUAUAUGGUACACUGAAAGACAACAUAGUCAUCUAGAAAGUACAUUUCAUUAUUAAUGCACUCAAACUCAAAAAACUUUUCUUGUUUUCCUGAUUAUCACUAAGGAAUGCAGCAUGCUGUUAUAUUAGCUAGUCAGCCCUUUGGCCUUGGUUUGAAUGAGACUCUUUUGCCACAGUACCUUAAAGAACUUGGAUAUGCUACACAUGCUGUUGGAAAGGUAGUGGUUAAACCAUAACAAUUGAAAAAUUAUGCCUAAUAACUUUACUGUCAGUAGCUCUUCCAAGGUUUACUUUAUUGGCAGCCAAAACCACUCUGUGGGAAAAAAUGGGAAUGUAUACUGCCAUCUACUGUGGUGCUGCUAACUUUAGGGGAAUACAGGGCUCGAACUUAACUUUUUUGUCUACUAGCAAAGUUUUGCUAGUAAGAUUUUUUUUACAAGCAAAAGAAGGAACCUUACUAGCAAAUGUUUGCUAGAGGAUAUUUUUUUAGACUAAACUUCUUUUUCAAGGGGAAUAGCCCUAAUAGUAUGUCGUAAGUUUUGGGGAGAGGGUAAUAAAAAAAAGGGUAAAAAAUAUGCCCCUGUCAUAUGUUUCCUCCUUCCCAUGGCUUUGCAUGCCUCUCAAAUUGCAAUGCAAGCUGUAUAAAUUAAUGUGUAUGCCUUGUUUUCAUGCAUUUUUUUCCAGUGGCAUCUUGGUUUCUUCAAAACAGACUACACUCCCACAAGGAGAGGAUUUGACACUUUCUUUGGUUAUUACAGUGCAAAGGAAGAUUAUUGGGACCAUUCAAAUGAUGAAAUGUAUGGAUGGGGAUUAGAUCUUCACAACGAUACAGAGGUAAAUCUGUUUAUCAAGAACUAAGUUAUUUUAAUCCUUAUUAUAUUUAACCCUUUGACCCAUAAGAGUGACUAGCAUCUAAUUUCUCCCUACAAUAUUCCUCUCGAAACAAACAUCAAGGUCAAAAGAAUAAAGAAAAUGAUCACCAACUUAACAAUUUUACUCUUGACUGUUAAACAAGUUCUCCUUGUCAGCUCCUCAAGGAUGUACAGAGAACAGUAAGGAGAAGAUGCAUUCUGAUGUAAGGGUGUAAAGGGUUGGUAUCACAACUGUUCAAAGUGUUUAUUUACAUGCACCUGUACUAUUUACAUGUCUCUUUUCAGCAUACAUUUCAGCCUGUCUGGACAGAAUGGGGCCAGUACAGUACUGAUAUGUUUACAGAGAGAGCCAUAGACAUCAUUAAAAAGCAUGACCCCUCCAAGCCAUUGUUUUUGUAUCUUCCUUACCAAGCUGUCCACAGUGCAAAUUACAUUCAGCCAAUCCAGGCUCCUCCAGAUGAAAUCAAGAAGUUCUCUCACAUCAAAGACGAAAACAGAAGAAUCUUUGCAGCAGUGGUUUCAGUCCUUGAUCAGAGAGUAGGACAGGUACACUCACCACACUUGUUUUACUUAUACUGUCAUGUUUUUGAAUUUGUUUUAAAUGUUCAUAUUUCUCUCUGUUUGAUUAAGUGUAUGUUUUUGGUGCUUUUAUUACUUUGAAACUUGCAUUCAAACUGGCUUUGGGCAAAAGAGUUGGUGAUUUAUUGCAGGUCUCUAAAUAAAAAUAAAAGUGAGUUAAAUAAAAAUCUCUAUUCCAGCUUGUUGAUGCACUCAAAGGGAGUGGUUUGUACGACAACUCAAUAAUCGUCUUCUCGACAGACAAUGGUGGUCCUGCUAAUGGUCUCAAUAUGAACAUGGCUUGUAAUUUUCCUCUGAGGGGUGUAAAAUUUACGUUGUGGGAAGGUGAGUCGAAUCAUCCUUCGACCCUUUACACCCUUAUAUGAAUAGGUGCUGACAAGGAGAAUUUGGUGAACAAUACAGAACUUCUUUAGUAGGUGAUCAUUUCCUUUAUUCUCGCGACCAUAAUGUUUGAUAAUGUGUGAUGUUAAUAGAUUAAGAAAAAUGGUAAGUUUUGAGUUCAUUAAAGAAAUAGAGAAACAUGUUUUCCGUCUUGUCACGAGUGUGGGAGAAAGAAAAAAUUCUGAGUCCUCAUGAGGAAUCGAAUCUCAGACCUCCGGAUUCUGCGCUCUGAUGCUCUACCACUGAGCUACAGAGACUCUAUGGUGAGCUAGACCCAUUAUGAAGUUCAUACGUCCUGCAUACUGUUAGGAUCAGUAAUGUUUUUUUUCUUUUGUCCCAUGCUCGUGACAAGACAAAAAAUACCUUUCUCUAUUUCUUUACCGAGUUCAAACGUACCAACUUUCUUACUCUAUACACAAACAUGACACUACAGACAUCGCUGAUCCUAGAAGUAUGCAGGACGCGUGUUAUACAUGAACUUCGUAAAUUUGGGCCUCGCUCACCAUAGAGUCUCUGUGGCCCAGUGGUAGAGCUUCUGUGCGCGGAAUUCGAAGGUUUGAGGUUCGAUUCCUCAUGGGAACUCUCAAUUUUUCUUUGUCCCACAUUCAUGACAAGGUGAAAAACAUCUUUCCCCAAUGCGUAAUGUUGUAAGGAGUAAGUAGAUGCAAGUCACCCUUAGUGGUUAAAGAUUUACUCGUCUAUAGUACGUGUAUGCCGAUGAAGUGGUAUGCGUUUUUGUGGUUAGUGUGUAAGUUGAUUGAAAAUCGUCAAAUGUCUUAACAGGAGGUGUUCGUGGCGCGGGAUUCGUACACAGUCCUUUACUGGCCCAGAAAGGCCGAGUAAGCAUGGAUUUGAUGCAUGCGACUGACUGGCUUCCCACACUGUACAGUGUAGCAGGAGGUGACAUUCACAAACUUCGUAAUGUGGAUGGCUAUGAUAUGUGGGACACGCUUUCACAUGCUUCUCUAUGUCCCCGCGAAGAGAUUCUUCUCAACAUAGACCCUGUCGGAGGUGACUCGGCUUUACGGUACAGGCAGUGGAAGCUUCUCGUUAAUAUAAGUAAGUAUUAUUGUAACGUCGAUUUUUCUCGGUAACAACUCCCUUUGUAUCUCAACUGAGUGGAAUAAGAUUAAAUUGGAAGAGUUUGAGCUGGCAGUUGUCUGCGGUAGAUGUCACUGGGUCAGUGACGGCGAUAGAAAAAGUGUGAAUUAGUAUUAUCAACUGAGUUGAUAACGUAAAUUGGCCACCGUAAAGAGUUUCAAAGCUGACGUUUCGAGCGUUAGCCCUUCGUCUGAGUGAAUUAAAAGUGGGCAAGCAAAAAGCAGCGCUGGUAUGGAAAAGCAGAGAGCGGAAAGAUUCUUGGCACCUUUCCUUCUAAUACACGCUCCGUUUUUCGCCUGCCUAUUUUUCGAUCUUCUUCACUAAUGCAUGGUGUUGGAAUUAAACAGUUUGCCUGACGGUUUUAUUUACUUCAAAAAUGUAACUUAUCUCUUUUGGUUGUAAUACACGACCAUACAAUUUUAAAUUAAAAUCAAUCUGAACAUUUAACUGUGGCUCAAAUAUAUGGCGCUUACCCCUGUACAUAUCACUAGCACUACUCUGACAUGUUAUCACCUUAUUACGUUGUUUCUCUCCCCCAUCCCCAGGUACAGACUGGAGCGGAUGGUAUGCUCCCCCCGGAAUUGAAUACUCCAACCAUUCUACUCGAGCUGCGCAUGCGUCGUUGAAGAAUGCUGUCGUUACUUGUGGUGAACCGCCAAGUUCCCCUCCUGAGUGUACCUCCGAGUUGGGUCCAUGCUUGUUUGAUGUUCUAGCUGACCCUUGUGAGUAUGUGAACCAGGCUAAAAACCACCCGGAUGUUGUAGACGGCAUGUUGCUUUGGCUUAAAGAGUACAGAGAAACGAUGGUGCCGCCAAGGAACAAGCCUUUUGACCCUAAUGCUAAUCCUAACAACUUCGGUGGAGUUUGGUCUCCUUGGAUGGAUUGAGAACUUGCUUUGUGAGUUAAACCCUUUUAAGAGAAAAUGAGGGAACAAAUGGACUCCUGGUCCAAGCCCUUGGAUAUAACUGUUAUUCUCGUAAACGAAAGUAUGUUCUCCCAGACAUCCGUACGGAUUAUCUUUUCGGUGUUUUCCUUCCUUUUGAUUGGCCGCCAUGAUUACUUUGGUUUUGGCGACAAUCAAUCGAAAGCGCUCUUGCAUUCAUUCAAUCACAAUUUAAAAGUGUCAGUUUUACGUCACAAAACUAAACUUACACAGCGUACUUUUAACCUUUCUUAGAUUACGAUCGACUUCUCCAUCUUGGAGUGCUCUGGAACAACCAGUAACUCUUUUUGUGACUCAAAUGACCAGACUCGUUUUUUUUUAAAUUAACAUAAUUGUUUUCCGAGUGAAAGAUCUAAUGUUUGGAAGAAAAGGAAAUCCCACAUCUUAAUACGCAUAUUGAAAUUUUAGGAGACCGUAAUUGUUUCGGACUUUAAAAAAAGUAAGGUCAAUUUGUUAGUCUGUGGAAUUUAGGAAUUUUGAUGUAUUUCCAUAUACUGAAUGUUGAAAAUGUAAUAAUUAGAUAGCUACAAGCAACGAAAUAUGUUUAACAAAUAGAUUCCAAGUUGCCGUACGUCUGUUCAGUAAUAGAUCACAGAGGACGUCAAAAUGUGGUAAGAACAAAAAAGUGGCGCAGCCGAGUGUGUCACUGACGUCCUCUGUGAUCUAUUACUGAACAGACGCACGGCAACUUGGAAUCUAUUUGUUUUAUAUAAUAAAAAAAUUAAAAUAUACGGGAAAAAAAAAGUUUUAAUGAUGACGUCAUCAAUACGUCUGUCCUCCAAUAGAUCAUAAGUGAGAACCAAUCAGAAUGCGUACAUAACUGAGCUCAUUACAUAAAAGUAAAUAGAUCAGUGCUGUACGCAUCAUAUAAUUAGAUACUGAGACAAGGUUAGAGUUACCUUGAAAUUUGUCGUAAAAUAAUGGAAUAAACUGGCACCUAAUGAGCAACAAUUUCGUCUCGACACUAAGCUGACUAUUGUUAAGGAGUAGUUUAACUCUUUACACCCUAACGUCAGUCUGUAUGUUCUUGAUAUUGUUCUCUAUACCUUUCCCAUGGUACCUUGAAGAAUAAUUUUUCUUAUAAUCAAGAGCUUGUUGGCUUUGUGAUCAUUUCCUUUAUUCUUACAACUGUAAUAUCUGAUCCAAGGGUGGUACUGUAGAGAGAAAUUAGAUGCUUAUCAUUCUCAGAGUUUAAGAGGUUAACAGAGAAACUGGGCGGUUUAUUAAAGGGUCAGACAACAAUUUCUCAAACCACGUGAUUUUGAGGUCUGGUAGUGUGUGGCCAAAUGUGUAUGUUGAGGUCUGAUAUGAGGCGGAAAGAGAUGGGGGGGGGGGCUUACUUACGGGUGGUAGGUGUCGUUCCAACUGCUCUGGUGGAAGAGGAAACUAUGUUAUUUUUCAGCCUGGGGGAUACAAGAAUAGUGGUAUGAACUUUACGAAGCUUAGGAUCGAUGUCUGAUAUUGUGGGUUGCUGUGGUUUGAUAUCGUUUUUAAGGUCUGGUGAGGAGGCUAUGUUUCCUAUGAGUGACGUUCCAACUGCCAAACAGUAGGUUAAACGGGCAAUCAUCACAUUUUAAUUUCAGCCUUGUGGAAGCGCUAGUUCAAAGCAGCCAUGAUUACGAUCAGCAGAGCAUCUUGCAACUUCGCCGCUGAAACCCUUCUGAAGCGUGGAAAAAAGCCGCAAGGUAACCAGCUACAGCUUCAUCCUCCCUCUGACACACAAGAAGUGCGUGAGAGCGAGACGGUCACGAAAGAAGUAACUUGUCGCCCCAUGUAAGGUAAUCCGGUUUCCGGAAUCCAGGAAAUUUUUGCUCGUGGAAUCCGGAAUACUGGGCAUUGGAAUCCAGAAUCCCGCUAAAAUCGUCAAAUCGUAUUAACUGCUUUCAUGCGCAUCCAUGCAACCACGGUCAUGCUAAAACGCAGACUGCAGACCAUGUAGAGCGCGCUUUGUUCGGUGGAGAAUUCCGACUGUUACAGCUUGCGAGACACGGACAAAUUCAUUCAUGACCUAUCACCAAAUCGACUUCGACUUCCUUAUUUCCCAGUAGAGUUCGAUUUAGCUCGCAUCUCUUCCUUUACUCUUAAGUUCUUUAGGCUGUUAUGUGAAGAUUCCAUACCUCUAAAUCAGCGUCACAUACAAAUUACAUGCCGUGUAAGGCCAUGAACUCGAGAAACUUGAGCCUGCGAUUUUUGUUUUGCUAACAAGAGCUCGAAAUAACAUCAUAAAAUUUCAUCAUGUGGUGUCCAAAGUGCAGAGUGCAGUUCACUGAAGUGGUCAAUGGUAUGCAAAUUUGGAGGGACAAAAGAAAUUGUUUACAUAAACGAAGCGUUCAAAUCCCAUAGGAUUUUCUUAGAACACCAACAUGACGACGGACCGCACGUUUCCAAUUACGAUAAACUUUAAACAAAGAUAUAUAUGUGGAUACCUAUGGGAGCCGGGAGAGGUAUAUUUCUAAGUAGAUUUUUUACCAUUUAAACGUAAACUGCUUUCUUUGAUAUUUGGCAUUCGGAAUAACGAAUUUGGAUAAAAUUUCCGCACAGCCCCAUACUAUUGUAAAACAAAUCUGUUUUCCCAAUGGCAAUGUAUUGUUUUAGUCAUUGUUUUCUCUAUUCAAGAACUGAAUGCAUAAUGAAGUAUGGGGCUGUGCGGAAAUUUUACCCGAAUUUGAAGAUUUCAUUACGCAUCAUAUCUCAGUGCAAAUAAAGUAAGAUAUUACCAGAAUUUAGGGUCAAACAACAUUUUGUAGAGAAGAAAAUAGCGGCGGGCCCCUUUAUAAAAUCAUUGCCCUGGAGAAUUCAUAGCCGACGCAAUGUGAGUUGACUUGGUUAACCUUUUAAAGAAAAAGGAAGUACUGAGAAAGGAGAAUCUUUUUCUUAGAAAAUUACCGUGUAAAUACAGAUCUUUCGCGAUUUUGCAAAGGUUUUAGUAUAGUUGAGUUAGUUGAACACCGUUUUAUCCGCAAUCUCAUAAUGUCGAACAUCGUCGCCAAUUACAUAUAGGAAAACAAGCUUUUCUUAGUACAGGCUGCAAUUUAUUUGCGACAUACACGGGGCGUUAUAAAAAGUGUAUUUCAGUUUUAGUUUUUCCUCAAUUUGGUCUUUGUUUACGUUAAAAAACCAAUUUGAGAUGGAUUCCGGAACCUGCAGGGGUAGAAUCCAGCACCUGAAUCUUAUAUUGUCCUGAAUUACCUUACACAGGGCGAAACCUGGAAUGGCCAAUGGAGCAUGGGAAUUAAGUCCAACUCCUCCCCAAGACUACGCAGUGGUUCGUUGCAACUUGAGAUCAAUCUUUUCCCCAAUCUCGUGCCUGUAACGAGUCGAGUCUGUGUUGACCGAAAAAUCCUGCCAAAAGUCGGCCGAAGGCUAGGUAGAGUGGCGUAUACAUUAUAGGAGGUAUUAAAUAAUUUUUAGGAUUAUAAUCUUUAGCCAAGGAAAGAAGCACAUGCACACAUAUGCGUUAUGCAAUCCAUAUUAUGUCUGCCUCAAAGUAAUUGCUUAAUUAUAUUGACGAAAAUCGUGUCUGUGCGAGUCUGCGUACCUCUAUUGAAUUUGCCCUUCAUGCAUAACAUAAUUAACUAUUACUUCUUGUGUCACCCCUAAAGUGGCCCUAUUUUGCUUGAUACAUAUUAUGAAAGAUUUUUUCAACAACGAACGAAAUCUCCUCGUACCUCGAUCGGCUGAUGUCUGGGCAAAAUUGUAAAUAGUUCAUGAUUAACUCAAUUUAUUUUAGCCAAAUUUAAACAUCCUUUACAUUCAGCUGUCUUAAAUCGUGAAGUAUGCUGGAUAAUGAGGGGAAAGGAUGGCUGAUGAAUUAAACUUAGUGGUUCUGAUAAAUCCAAUGGUAAUCUAUGAAGGGAAAUUUCAUUUUCGAUCCAAAACCCUUGAGGAAGGGAGUCAUGCCCCACGCUCGUGACAAGACGAAAAAACAUCUUUCUCUAAGCUUACAAUUUAUUCUUCACAGAAGCCAGCAAAAGCUUGACCCAAAAGGCAAUUUUUUUAAGUUGCUGUCAAGAAAAUCAACAUUUUGGAUUUUGUGACAUGAAAAUUUGACACAAAAGUCGAGGGUUGGUAUACUCAGUGGAGUACAGAAACAUUACUAUUGAUCCCUUGAAUUUACCCAUUAGAACCUCAUGUGGACCUCUUGGAAAAAAGCAAAACAUGGUAUGAUUACAAAAUUGCCACAUUAGUUUAUGCCUGUCUGUAGCUGAAUAUCCAGACCACAAUGAUGAUUGCUUUCAUUCAAAAAUAAAUUGUACGUGUGUUGGAAGGGUCAUGCAGAAAUAGUUCGUACUCCAGUUUGUUUGGAAAGUUCUUCUAGGAUGCUGCUUUUCUGUAGUUCUGCUCCCAACUGUCCAAAGGAUUGGAUGACACUUCCCAGUGUGUUUAAUUAAUUGCCAUCUGCUGGAAAGAGUUAUUUGUGUUAUAUACGUGUAAUUGAUAGCAAUUUAUCUGGUGGAUCAAGUUAUCCACCCUUCAGACAACCAAGGCCUAAAAUUUUUUUUCCUCAUUAACAGAAGGUCAACAUGCAGUUGAUAUCAUUGAAUAUUGCAGUCUUUGUGUCAUUGUUGCUCUAUGGCCUGCCGCUGUCAAGUGCAACCAAGCAAAGCUCAAAGCCACACAUCAUAUUUAUUGUCGCUGAUGAUUUGGUGAGUCAUAUGUGAGGAAAUUACCAUGAUAUCUCCACAUCUGAGUGCAAGAUAUUUAAUCCGAAUUGAAAAAGCAACAUUCAUUUUGGAUGUCUUUGAGACUAUACGGUCCAAUGCCUAAUGGACAAUUAAUAUGAUAAUUGUAGAAAAAAGAUGAAAACAUGCAAAGAGGAAAUCUGUAUUAAAUAAAUCUAAUUUCUUUUGAAAUUGCAAAUAUGAAGAUACUUGUGGAGCUACAAGGUAAUUUGGUAUUAUUGACUCAGUUGAUAAUAUAAAUUGGCCAUUCUAAAGAGUUUCUAAGCUGACAUUUGGAGCUUCAGCCCUUUGUCAGAGUGAAUGUGGAGUAUUAACUUGUGGAGCAGAUAAGUUCCUCACCUGCCUACCUGGUAGAAGUAUGCAUUUCAUAAAUGUUUUGGUAAAAUUUGGAACUACACAGGGCCAAAUCUAGAGUACAUGUGCACGGAAUUCCAACCCCCCUCCCCCUUCCUCUAAGAUGGCUUGCAGUUUUUUAAAUUGAUAUUUAAUAAUAAUAUUAAGCUGUAUGGUGUUUGCUUUAUAUUUUUAUGUCUUUCCUUGAUUUAAGUCUUCCUCUGUCUUGUGCCCUUUUAAAAAAGUAUUUUAUGUCAUCCACCAGGUAUGUCUCAUUCCUUCCAUGGCACAUCCCUCCUGAGAAAAAUCCUGGAUCCCCACACAUCCCCCUCCCCUCCCACUAGACCAAGUGAAUAUCCUUUAGCUGAUAUAUGUUGAAUUUUCUGCCCUUAUUUUCUGAUUGGUCAAUUAUGAUAAUCAUAAAUUCAAUUACCUAAUUGAAUGAUUCUUUUUAGGGAUGGGAUGAUGUGAGUUUUCAUGGCUCAGAGCAGAUCCCAACACCAAACCUGGAUGGACUAGCCAACAGUGGGAUAAUUCUCAAUAAUUAUUAUGUUCAACACAUAUGUACACCGACAAGAAGUGCUAUAAUGACAGGCCGAUAUCCCAUCCAUACAGGUGACAUAAUGUUAAAAUGACCAAAACUCAUCACCAUGAACACACAGAAUAUUUAUUAUCAAAAUUAUAACAUGCAUAAAUAUACACCAAUUGAUGCGACAUCAUGUAUGCAAUAUAAGAUGUAAACACAUUGUGUGUAUAUUACAAAAGAUAUAACAUGCAGCACUUUAAAGUUAAUCCAAGACAUUGACAAAAAAUAAAGAUCAGCAAAAUGGUGUUAUCAGGUAAUUCAGUAAAGAAAUAGUUAAAUAAUAAUGUUUUGUAAGGUGAAACUUCCUUUUUGCUGUCACAUAUUGGUUGCAAGACAGGUAAAUUUGUCUAGCACUACUGUAUACCACCAAUAAGCUAUGAGUAACUUCUUCCCCACCCCACCCUAUUUGGUAGCUUUAUUGCAUGUUUGAUGCUCAGACUGCAAACUAGGCUGCAAGCUGGUCUUUAUAAUUAGUGUUGCAGAAUGCAAGUUUCUCUGUGUGUAGGAAGAUUGGAGACAAGUUAGGAACAGGUUUGGCAAGGGUUUGGCAUUGAUAUUAUCAAUGUUAGACCCCUCACAGACCUCUGACUCCAGCUGCACUGUUCAAGGCCUCACACUUUCCUAAGGCCAUAAAAAAAGCCCAAAGUGUUAACAUCAAGGGCCUAAUCACAGGCUAAUUGCUAUUACUUACUCUAACUCUAAGUGAUAACCAUGAUCAUUAUGUACAUAUGUUUAGGUAUGCAGCAUUAUGUUAUUGAAGCCGCACAGCCCUAUGGACUUGGUUUGAAUGAGACUCUUUUGCCACAACACUUAAAACAGCUUGGAUAUGCCACACAUGCUGUUGGAAAGGUAAAACACUUGGCUCUUUUAGGGAUAACUGUGUUGAUCAUUUAUACCUAGGUAUGCAGCACAGUGUUAUUCAAUCUUCCCAACCUUAUGGACUUGGGUUGAAUGAGAUUCUUUUGCCACAGUACUUAAAACAGCUUGGAUAUGCCACACAUGCAGUUGGGAAGGUACAAAUUACAAACAGUGAUAAUGACAAAUCUUGCACCUUUCUGCCAGCUGUACAAUUUGUUACUUUUCUCCUUAAUAAUAAUACUGCUAACAGAUGUACAUGUGUAUACCUGGGCCUGGUUUACCAAAGAUCGGACAACGGUAUCCAACAGAUAAACUGCUAUCCAGGGGGUAUGUGUUAACCAGAUAGAGAUUUAUCCAGAAGCUAGCAUUGUCCACCCUGUGAACAACCAGGACAUGAAUGAUAGCUAUACCCCAGAGGUUUCCAUGCCUUUUUUCCACAAGCAGCUUCCAAUGAUGUCAUAAGCAGCUGUGCCUGUAAAGGUACUGUUAGGCAAAACCCAAAUGCAAGAAGCUGCUUGCAAGUGAAACAGAUGACACCUUGAUGCUCACAAGUCAAAUUAAAAGUUAGCAUCUCUGUUAUGAGGCCCUAUUAGGGGGGGGGGGUCUCUAUGUCCCCUGUCUGAAUUCAAACCUUUGCAUGUUACAUUUUCAAAAGGUUUGCUAUCUUGAUCUAAGACCGAGUUCUUGUAACUAAUAUACAAGGAUAUGUGUAGCAGCUACAAGGGAGAUUAACAAUCAGAUCUUGGGAGUUAAAGGCUUAAUCACCGAGUCAUCUACUCUUUUCUUUAUUUCCUUCCUCUUUAUUCAUCAGUUUUCCAUUCAGUUAUCUUCCCUUUUUUUAUCUACUUUUUUUGUCUUCUAGUGGCAUCUUGGUUUCUUCAAAACAGAAUACACUCCUACAAAACGAGGAUUUGAUUCUUUUUUUGGUUACUGGUGUGGAAAGGAAGAUUACUGGGACCAUUCAAACAAAGAAGUAUUCGGUUGGGGAUUGGACCUUCGUGAUAACCUGGAGGUAAAAGUUGAAUUGAUUCAGAGUUAGUAUGGAAUUCCAUUAAAAUAAUUAUGUUCAAUAGAGCGAUUUUCAAUUGAGUGUCAAAAGUAUUCUGGGAUUUCUUUGCUUUUACUUUUCUUCGCGCUGUGAUUGGUCCACAAAACUCCCGCCACUCUCUCAACCAAUCAGAUGCAAAACUAAAACCAAUUAUGACUUAAUCGCCCGCGUUUUCCCGCGCCUUAGGCAGUAUUUUUACUUUGAGCUCUUAUUGGCUCUUCAAGGUAUUUUCCUUCUUCUGAUUGGCCUUUUUUAACUUUGGUGUUGGUUUGGCGACACUCGAUCGUAAAGCGCUCUAUGAGUUUUUUAAGGGACUCGUUACAGACCUUUGUGCUGUCCCCUCUAAGACCGCUCUUUAGUUGAGAUUUCAUCUCAAACCUUCGUUUUUCACCUCCUUUGGUCAUUUCUUCGCCUCUUUGUUGAUUGUUCUGUAUCUUUCUUGUUUACUAUUUGGUCGUGCUUUGUUUGCGUCGUGGUGCGUUUGGUUCUUUGUCUGUUUGCUUGUUCUGCAGUUUUUUCUGUUCGUCAUUUUCUUUGAUUCGGUUCGUUGGUUGUAUUUGGUCGGUCUGUCAGCUCGUCGUUCCGUCGUUCUGUCGGUUCGUCGAUAUGUCUGUCCGUUGAUUCGCUGGUUCAUUAUUAUUCGAUGAGCUGUACUUAUGUUUUCCAAAUCGUUCGCCUAUUCUUAUUUUUUAAUUUCUCUCUCUCUUCCCACCAUUGUUUCAUCCUCGUUAUAAUUUGUUUUUUCUUCUUUUCAAAUAUCAGCCUGCCUUUACUGACUGGGGAAAUUACAGUACCGAUCUCUUCACAGCGAAAGCCAUCGAUGUUAUUCAGAAGCAUGACCCUUCUCAGCCUUUGUUUUUGUAUCUUCCAUACCAAGCUGUUCACAGUGCGAAUUAUAUUCAGCCACUGCAAGCGCCACCAUCUGAAAUCAAGAAAUUUUCCAACAUCGAGGACGUAAACAGGAGAAUUUUUGCUGCAAUGGUGUCAACCCUCGAUCAGGGUGUUGGAAAGGUACUUUUCGAUCGAUUAUCGUAAAUCCAAACCCAUAGUUAUCACAACAGCCAAUCAAAAAAUUGACCUUUGACCGCUGUGAUAUCAGGGUGAGGGAAGAGGGAAACCACCAAAAUGCCUAAAAGUAUGAGUUCAUUUUCACGAACCAUAAAGCACUCUUUUAGUCUCAUUGCGCUCGAUUGCCGUUCAGCAAUCAAGACAAUUUUGAGAGAAGAGUGAAAUAAAGCAACUAUGCAUGCAACUUUAAACUUAAAACUACACUACUUCCGUGAAUUUCUUUAAUCAUUGAUUUUAACCGCUGAAUUCUCUCUAUACGUGUAGGUCAUUAAUGCACUCCAAACCCAGGGAUUGUACAACAAUUCAGUGAUCGUAUUUACAACGGAUAAUGGCGGUCCGGCGGCAGGUUUUGACUUGAAUUCCGCCUGUAACUUUCCUCUCAGAGGAGUCAAGGCAACAUUAUGGGAAGGUAAAGCGUUAUACGAAAUUAUGAUUUUAUUCAUUAGAAAAAGAGUUGUUUUGGGAUGUUCGCGAUUCUAUCUAGUUUUGUCACUGUUUAAGGGUAGUGCUAAUUGUCAGUGCCACCACAGGCGUCACAAGCUCACGUCUUGAGAGAAAGCGAACAAUUUUUUUCAUGAAAGUUCACGAAAGCGUCACGCGUUGUGUGACGCAGUGUUAAGUUAUGAGAGGAAACGUUGAAAAUUUGAACACGAUAUAAGGAAUAGUAUGGGGAAGAUGUGGGUACGUUUUAUUAAUUUUUCGUAUAAAAUGUUCAUAUUUUGAAAUAUUUAUACACCGCGUCACAUAACGCGUGACGCUUUCAUAAACUUUAAUUCAUGAAAAAAAUAGCGUGCAUUCUCUCGAGACGUGAGCUUGGGACGCCUGUGAUGCCACUGCUUGCGUGUUGCCACCAAACCAUGAAAUUACUCAUUUCAUGUUUCGUCCAAUUUUUAAUUAACAACAAGCUAACCUUUUGCUUAUUAGGAGGUGUUCGUGGCGCGGGUUUCGUACACAGUCCUCUGCUGUCCACAAAAGGCCGAGUGAGCAUGGAAAUGAUGCACGUCACUGACUGGCUCCCCACACUGUAUAGUUUAGCGGGAGGUGACAUUCAUGAUUUGGGUGUUGUGGAUGGCUUCGAUAUGUGGGAGACACUUUCCAAUGCAACUGAAUCACCUCGCAAGCAAAUUCUUCACAAUAUAGAUCCUAUGAGUGGAUAUUCAGCCUUGAGGUUUGGCGACUGGAAACUUAUUGUGAAUGCAAGUACGAGAAGUAAGCCUGAAUUUUGAUAUCGAAAUCUACUUCAUUUGUUAAACUAAAAGGUCCAUGUACAAUUUGUGUUUAUUGUUGUUGCUUUUUUUGUGAUGAUGGUUGUUGAAUCGAUAAUACAAGAAAUAUAUGGAUUUUCUUUUUUCUGAAGUGACUCUGUGGGUCAGAAUCUUAAAUUCUCUGAUCUCAUUGGCUAAUCACGUGCUCGAAACUGGUCCAGCUUUUUACAAUACAGUCCACGGUUCGGAAAUUUUCCGCAUCAUUCGCGGAAAAACUAGCUGAAGAAAAAACAAAGACAUUUACCAGUCUAGAUUGGUCCGUAUGGGAAAAAAUUGUGCCCUCUGCCAAAGAUCUCAGGCACAGUUUCUUCUGAUGCGGAUCCCACACACGAUUUAUGACAUAAACUCCUCAUACGUUGCUGUAUACAAUACCGUGGCUUUACGAAUGUCUCUCUCCCCCUUCCCUCAGGUAAAUCGUGGAGUGGAUGGUAUGCUCCCCCCGGACUAGACAACUACAAUCAUGCAAUCCGAGGUGCGACAUUGAAAAACGCUGUCGUCACUUGCGGUAAGCCACCCAGUUCUCCGUCGGAGUGCACAAGGGAGUCGGGCCCUUGUUUGUUUAACGUUGCAGAUGAUCCUUGUGAAUAUGUCGAUCUUGCUAAAAAUGAGUCGGAACUGGUAGAAAGUAUGUUGAAGCGGCUCGAAGGAUUUAAAGAGACUAUGGUCCCACCAAGAAAUCAACCGCUUGACCCUAAAGCAAAUCCUAACAACUUCGGUGGAGUUUGGAGUCCUUGGAUGGAUUGAGGGUUGAUUGAUGUAGAAGAGGAGGAACGUAGGUUUGGGGGAAGUUGGUGAAAAUUCUCUCCACCCCCUUUGUUUCCUUACUGAGAGUGGUUAGGCCACACUGAACUAAAAUUUAUUUUUGUAAUAUUUUCAUCAGUAACCAGCCAAUCAUGUUAUUGCAGGAGUGAUCUGUAAGUGGAUUCCCUUUGAAAUUUUGAUAUACUGUAACUUCAAACGAGUCUUAAUUAAGGAGCAUGAAACUUACCAACUGCAGGGAACAUUGCCUUUUCUCAGAAAUACACGUGUCUGGCCAUUACGUGUAAAAAUCACCUCCAUUGUUUAAGGUUCUAAGGGUUGCAACAAUGAGAACGUCAAACAGAAGGGAUGACGUAAAAUUUUAUUUUUUAAAAAGUAAAAAAAAAGUAUGGAUGAAUAAAACGAGAAUCAUGGGCUGAAAGGUACCGCUCGGAUUUAAAAAAUCUUCUAAACACUUGAGUACUCUGUACAAUACAAUGAAACCUGUAUUAAGCGGACCGCUUUUGUAACUUGUUGUGUCUUUGUUAAUUCUGGAUAAACUAGAAGGGUUUUUUUGCCUUCUAUUAAACGAUAUUUUCGUUAGAAUCUUACUCGAAGUGUCCUACCUCAACCCACCCAUCCAAAAAAAUAACUCCUGCAUGCGUAGCGUGCCUAUGUUUUGAUAUAUCACGAAACGUUCCACCCAUCCCUCCUCCCCCCCCCCCCCCCCCCCAACCUUCCGCCCCCAAAAAUAUGCUUCGUUUCAUGGAAGUGAUGAGUGGCAUCUUACACUGGACGGCUGCAAAGGAGACUACGGUGGGAAUCAAAGUAUCAGUUGUAUAGGAGUUUGAAGAGGGGUGGGAUGAGGGUACAUAUUAUUAAGCAUUUGCGCUCGGUUAUGAUAAUCCAGCUCGUCUGGCAGGCCAUUACAUGCACUGCUGUCAUUUCACGCGGUCUUGUAUCACUCAAAAUCGAAGACGUGCGAUUCGAGCGCUAAAAUAGAUCAGGUAACGUUUGCGUUUAUUAAAUAAAUCCCUCAUGACUCUUAUUCUUCGCUCGCGCUCUUACGGUGAUGAUAUGAUAGUGAAUACAAGGGUUGUAAGCAGACUAAUUGUUGUAUUAAGUGGCUUUACGGACGUUUCUGAGAUCAGCCGGUUGCUCCUCUAAAUGUUUUUUCCUGCGAAAUAUGGCAGCCGGUAGAUGGUGGAAGACUGAAGAGCAGAAGGAAGGUUUAUUUCUAAGUCGAGUAGAGACAAAAGACCGAUUCUGGGACAUUUUUUCAAAAGAAUCAGAAGUUUCCGAUUUUUUAGCGCUUAGUCUGUUGAGAACAAACAUCAUCUCCCUCCCUUCCCAUUACCUUUUUUUAUAAGCCACUCCGUUCUGUACCCCUCCCCCUACUUUACUUCUCUCCCUUCCCCUACAUCGGAGGGUAGCUUGGGUGCCAUAGCGCUAUGUUGUUGUUCCCAGGUUCCACAUUUGGACCACGUUGAGAUCAUGGGAAAGUCACGAGCUGUACCUCCAGACAGUCCAGGCGAGAAAGGUGAGGUAAUUUUGAGUCAUAAGACUUAAGUAAUUGACAUGAUAAACGCUUUUCUAUCUCAGAUUAUCACGCAGAUUUCAAAUCAUUUCAGGUUUAAACAUUAGACAGCUGUACUGGACCUUCGAUUGCUCCAAAAUUCGGUGAGCCUUGCAAUUUGUUAGUGAAGCGUUACACUUACGUAAUAUUUUUCUUGAUGUGUAUGUUAUUGACAGGCCACAUGCUAAACGUUUCCCUGGUAUUGUUCGUCACACUGAAGAGCAGCUUACGAUAACGCAAGAUACAUGUAGUUGAAAUACUUUGAAUUUCAAGGAGAAAUGGAUGGGAAACCAUUGAUGUAUCGAUCACUCACGUGCGACAAUCCCCCUUUGUAAUAUCUUCACCCCCUUGUAGACUCGAGGUUGUUGUUCCACCACCCAGACCAUCAUUUCUAGAUUAGGCUAUUCUUUUUCAUUAUGCAUCCCACUUCUGUAAGAUUUUGAGUUUCCUCACAGCCCCACCAUUCCCAUCUUUUUCCCAUCAGAGUCAUGGCUUAACACAGAUAGCCCAAGCUUCAGCUGUGAGAUGAUCAUCUUGUGAAAUAAGAGUCAUGGCAAAAAGAUAAGAGUUUGUAUGGGAACAUUUACAACCGCUCUUAGGAAAAAAAAAAAUACUGUCAAAUUCUCAAUAAUAUCUCAUACCUUGCCUUACUUCCACAGUGCGUUGCUUGUUGUCUGACUGUUUACUAUGCUGAAAAGAAGACAUUUUAGCAAGUUAUCAAUUUCUAGGGUUACUACUCCUAAGAGAAGGACCUUUUCUUAUAUUUUUGCCAUGACUUGUAUUACCUAAGAUGAUCACCUCAGUUGGAGCUUGGGCUGCCUGUGGACCUAGCUACAGAUAUUAUUUGUAAUAGUGUUGAUUUUCCUCUGACCAUCAGCUUAGCAAGAUGCAGUUGACUUUGCUGAGCAGAGUCUCCUUAGUAUUUGCAUUGCUCAGCUAUUUGCCAUGGUCAUGUGCAGCCAAGGAAAGCUCCAAGCCUCAUAUCAUAUUCAUUGUAGCAGACGACUUGGUAAGACUUGCAAACAUCGACCCCAGUGAUAGAAAAGACCCAGGAAAUUGGCCAUGAGCAGAGGGAGUAGAUGGUAGGGGAGAGGGAAGAUUUGCAUGUAAUGGCUUACUUCCUUGAACCAUUGCUUUCCUGUUCUCAUUUAAUCCCUCUUUAAAAAUCUCCAGACAACCAUGUAACCUUUUAACCCAUUUAGGUUUGAUCAUGCAUAACUCAGGAAUGCAUAUAUACAGAAGUUUAUCUCCAAAUAAGGCUAUGAAUUAUACAUGGUUUGUGGGCUUAAAGGUAACAAUCUUAAAUUUUGAAAAUUAGAUACUGUAAAGAGACAUUUCAUUAUACAUGUAAAUUCAAUUCAUAAGCCCUGUUAAAUUUGUCUUGCCUGUGUGGGAUUGCAAAAUACGUAGCCACCUUAAACUCUAAGCCUCAUGCCUCUUGAUCCACACUGAUUUUCUCAGUGUUGUGAAACAUGUUUUCACGAUGAAAUAGCAGUUUUGUUUGAUUUUUUCUUUUAUUUUGCUUUUAGGGUUGGGAUGAUGUAAGUUUUCAUGGGUCUGACCAAAUUCCUACACCAAACAUCGACAAACUUGCAAAGGAUGGUGUUAUCCUGAACAAUUAUUAUGUACAACCCAUAUGUACUCCCACGCGAAGUGCAAUUAUGACUGGCAAACAUCCAAUCCAUACAGGUUUGUCCACUGCAGUUUCAAUCAGCUUAAGUGUGAGCAAAACAUUUUGAGGUGCAUACAUGCAUGCACUCACACUUUGGUUUCCUUACAUGAAAAGUACUUUCAACAGUACAUUUGAAAAUCUAGCUAAUACUGUAGUUUCAUGUGUCACACUUAAAUCCAAUAUUUAUUUUUUUUGUAGUAAAUUGUAUAAAGUUAGAAGAAAAAGAUAACUUGUUGCAUCUCAUGAUCUGACUUUUAAUUCUCCUCUCUAGCUGAAACUCAUUUGUUGCAAAUUAAUUGUGAGAAUUUGGUCUUAGAUCAAAACAAAAACUUCUAACUUACAAGUUUGAGUAUUCUCAUGACCUGUUUUCUGGAUAAUGAACGGAUAUUUUGGGGAGAAGUGACUUAUUGAUCACUCCUGGCAGUUAAAGGUCUUACCAUCUGUUUGAGGGUUGUGUUCUGAAAGAAUGUCAUUGAAGGCGAUCACUGACAGUUUUUCGACCCUGAGCCUGGCAAUCAGACAACAUGGAUGCCUAAUAAUAUUUUCCAAUAAGUUGAUAAAUUCUACUUUAUGCAUGAGCAAUAGUUGUAAUUUUACAUUAAGAGAAACUAAACUUUUAUUAGGUAUGCAGUCUGGUGUUAUUUUGGCUGCACAACCAUAUGGACUGGGUUUGAAUGAGACUCUCAUUCCACAGUACCUUAAAGAAUUUGGAUAUGCAACUCAUGGAGUUGGCAAGGUGUGGCUGGAAGCAUUUAUUGUUGAUAAUCAUUUUAAUGAAUUGAUUUAUUGUCAUCAGGCCACCACUCUGAUUUUUUACCAUUUUUCAAUUUGAAGUCUAUAGUGUAAGUCUGAUAGGAAUACUUGGGAAACAGGGAUCCUGCCUGAAUAUUUAGCAGGAUCCCGUGCAAGAGGUUCCUAAAUGACAGAAUGCCAUUUGAGAUCCACCUGUACAUACCUGGGAUCAGGAUGGAUGAGAUUCCACCUCCUAUAUUUACUUGGGAUUUUAUUGAGGUUUUUUUUUUCUUUUUGUUCACCCUCAGUGGCAUCUGGGUUUCUUCAAGUCAGAAUACACUCCCACUAAGCGUGGAUUUGAUUCAUUCUUUGGCUAUUGGAGUGGUAAGGAAGAUUACUGGGAUCACUCAUCAGAUGCCCCUGGCCAAGGGUGGGGAUUGGAUUUUCAUAACAACACCAAGGUUAGUGAAUGUGCACAUGAAUAUUUAAUUUUUCUCUCCCAAAUGGAAUUGUUUGGCUGAAAUUUUUUUAAAGGGUGAAUAACAUCAUGCAUUGGAAUUUUUUUUAUUUAACAGGGUCAACAUGUGCAUGCAAAUGUGCUUAUCCCUGGAUCAAUUGUUAUCCAGUUGACCCUAUGGCCCCUAAGAGUGACCAGCAUAUAAUUUCUCCAUACAACAUCACCCCUGAAUCACACAUUUAGGUCAUGAGAAUAAAGGAAAUGAUCACCAGUUUAAAAAGCUCUUGAUUGUUCAACAAACUCUCAUUGUCAGUACCAUAGAAAAAUGUACAGAGAACAGUAUGGAGAAUAUGCAUACUGAUGUUAAGGUGUAAGAAGUUAAUCCAAUUCAGCAAGCAGUGGAGGGAUACAGUAUAAUUUAGCUCAAUUUCAGAAAGAAAUACUUGCAGUGAUAAAAAUGGCUUGUUUAAACCUCAUUACAUAAAUUGAUGAAUUUAAAAGUCCAGUUGGUAAAUUAGAGUUGAUUCACUUUUACCUUACAAAUAUGAAUACUCAGGGCUGGUUACACAUUUAUUGAAUUCAACCUCCAAAGUUAUUUAUUGACCCAGCUCCUCCAUUUUAAACAUUAGUGACUGCAAAUCUUAAAGUGAAAAAAAAAAAGUUUUAAUCUAAUCACAAAUUGCUUGCCAAAGGGAAGAUCUUAGAUUUUUUACCCCUCUGACUAAGCUAGGCAUAAUUCUUUAUUUGUUCACAAACCCAACACUCUGUUAAUUGCUUUCAUAAGGAGGAUUAAGCAAAUUAUGAACCCUUUCACUCCCAAGAUUUCAUUAGAAAUUCUCCUAACUGUAUGUUGUACAAUUUUAAUGAUGUGAGUUUGGAGAAUUUGGUAUUGGAUCAAUUAAUAAUUCCCUAAUUGAUAUUUUUCUUUCUUCUCAUGACUUUUUGGCUUGAUAUUGUGUCAAUAUUAUUAUAAUUAGGAGAAAUCCUAUCUUGGUCACUCAUGGGAGUUAAAGAAUUAAGCAAAUGGCAGGGAUUUCAAGUGUAAUAGGCAGCUGUGCCCUGGUGAAGGGAAGACAGGCUUUAGAUGGCAUUAAGGGGUCUUAUGGGCUGCCCUAGACUGUUAGUAACUGGCUUUUGGUAAAAACUCUGAAAAUAGUAUUGAGAAGAAUGUCUACAUUUAUUCAGAAUGACUUUACCAAAUGGGGCAUGUACAGCACUGAACUGUUCACCACUUUGGCGGUUGACAUCAUCCAGUCACAUAAUCAUUCCAGGCCUUUGUAUCUGUACCUACCCCAUCAAGCAGUACACAGUGCAAAUGGAAUACAGCCCCUUCAAGCCCCUGAGAAACUAAUCAAGAAGUUUAAGCACAUUGAGGAUGAGCGAAGGAGGAUCUAUGCUGCAAUGGUUACUGCCUUGGAUGAUUCUGUUGGAAAGGUAAAAAUAGGGAACUAUCUCAUAGGUAGUCUCCUUGACAGCCAUUGUGCGGUCUUGUCACGCAACUUAUUUGGAGGGAGAGAAAAGGCGUUGCGUGACACGACCAAGAAACGACUACGCAAGAACUUGUCUCCAUUUUGUUCAUGUUAAAAAUUACAGCUAAAUAUUUUCAAGUUUGAUGUUUGCAAUUCUUUUAGUAUACUUUAUCAUUAGGUAAUAAAAGUCUGUUCUCGAGUGGCUCAUCCAGUCGGAGCUUUUUUUGAUUUAUGUAACAUGUGGCGACUACUAGUACUGCUUCUCUCCUAAAAUGGGUGUCAGGUUACCACCCCUUUCUUUCCUUCCCCUUCCCCUACUUCCCUGGCAUUUUGUUUGGCCUCCCAUAUAAACUCCUGGGUGGGAAGAGACACUUUUGAUACUUAAGUGUCUUGCCCAACAACACAGCACUACGACGUCUCGAACUCGGGUCUUUCGAUGCGGACUCCAGGGCGUUAGCGGACAGGCCACUACAGCGCUCACUUUUUCAUCCUGUGCUAUCCAUUCCUUGGUUGUUCCUUCUUAAAUUAUGGCCUCUCAAAGUGUUUUUCUGAUGCUGAAGCUGAUGUUUUUCGCUUCUGUAUUUAGGUAGCAGACGCCUUGGUAGCAAACGGUUUGUACAAUAACUCUGUGAUCGUAUUCACUACAGACAAUGGCGGCCCGGCAAACGGGUUUGACAAGAACAUGGCAUCCAACUUUCCUUUGCGUGGAGUGAAAGCUACUCUGUGGGAAGGUACAUGCGAUUUUUGCGGAUUUUCACACAAUAAAGUCCCAGUUUGAAAUUGACAAAGGCAAAAUUUAUUUUAGAAAAAUUAAAGGCUUUUGAAUCUUAAGCUGAAAUCUGACCGGUUAAUGUCGUUCUUUGAUAUUCUUCGGUGCCCCUUUAACCGCUCAUUGUGACAUGUUUCAUGCAUGAUGAGUGCCCUCACGUUUACAAGUAUAGUCGCGGCUUUUUUUAACGGCCGUAGCUAGCUUGAGAGGUGAAUUGUCUGUUUUUGUAAAGAGGAGUUUGGUGACUGGGAACUGGUUGUUUUGAUAAAAAGUCAUUUUGAUACAAGUCGAUUGGAUACAAACUUAAGUCAAUUCUACUCAUCCUUGGAAUCUUCUUUAGGUGAGUUUUGGUUUAUCAUCCAGAAAUCCAAUUACUCCUUUAUUAAUAUGUAUCAAAGUGACUGAAGUUGUAUCGAGACGACUUUAUACGUGUAUCGAAUCGACUUUGUCAAUAUAUUAAACUGAUUUGUCUCAAAACGACUUUGUAACGAAACGACAGUCACUGUAAACCGAUCUACAACUUCCUCUCUUGAAGACUUACUCAAAUAUUGAUAAACACCCACACACCGUACUGCAGAGUAGGAAACAGGUAUCUGGGAAGUCAAUUCAACAGGGUUUCGUGAAUAUGAUAUGGAUAUUUACAAGGUUGUGUAGAUCUUGAGUGAGUUUAGAAACUCAUUAUUUUUAUUUCAAAAUUCGAGAUCCUAUUAAACGAACUGACUACUGACGGGGAAAGUUUAAAAAAAUGUAAAUUCAACUUGUACUUUCGGAGAAUGUUAAGAUAAGCACCGUGACUUCCUCGGCCUGAAAAAAAUGAGGAGGUUGACAUUUGUUUUUCUUUAUUUUCCACGUAAGACAAUCCCUAUUUAAUUUACUCUUGGAAGAGUGGUUUUGACCGUAAAUUUUAUUCACAGGCGGAGUUCGCGGAGCAGCCUUUGUUCACAGUCCUUUGUUAAAGUCAAGUGGCCGAGUAAGCCUGGACCUGAUGCACGUGUCUGACUGGGUUCCUACCUUAUAUGGUUUGGCGGGAGGAGACACCAGCAAGCUUACUGACCUUGAUGGGGUCGAUAUGUGGGAUACCAUCUCCAAGGGAGAGAGUUCCCCCCGUCAAGAAUUACUGCAUAACAUUCAUCCAAGUGGCGGGGAGGCUGCUAUGCGGUAUGGCCAGUGGAAGAUAGUUGUUAAUGCAAGUAAGUGAACAUUGAAAUAUCAAGCCUUUUAUACGCGUACCAUCCAUCAUUAGGAGGAACUGAACUUAAAUGCUGCUUCGCCCAACGUUUUUUUAUUAUACAAUGGCUUCACUUGUUCAGCUAUCAUCCUCAAAAGGGUUUAAUGCUCAGUAAAGCCCACAGAUGUUUUUGUUUUAGGUUAUUGUUAAGCUUUUCUGCACCUGACUUACACAUGAAACUUUCAAUCAAUUUUUCCAGUCACUUGUUAACCCUUUAACUCCCAAGAUCUGAUUGUGAAUUCUCCCUUUUAGCUGCUAGACAUUUCCAUGUAAAUAAGUUACAGGAGUUUGGUGUCAGAUGGAGAUAACAACUUCAAAAACUUCUCAUUACCUGUUUGCUGGAUAAUGUGUAAUUAUCAUAUUGGAGAAGUUACUUGUUAAUCACUUCUGGGAGUUAAUGGGUUAACCCUAAAACCAAACGAUAAAGCGAUUGGGAGCUUCCAGUACACAAUGUGGCCCAAUCUUUUUUUCUUCCGGCCUCCUUUACCAGUCAUAGAUAGACUCGCGAAUUCUUACUGAAGGUAACUAGAGUCAAGGGUGUGUCAAGGCACAAGAUGGAGGCAGGCGCGCGAGGAGUGACUCACGUUCCUAUUCUCACGCCUGACUUAGACUUGUUUCCCCCCUCGCUCGUUUUGCGCUAGCCAGCUCAAUUGAGUUAUGUAAUUAAACCCAUGUCUUUUGAGCAGAAUAGAAAGGGCUAAAUGCAUUAAUUAUAUAUUGCAGGCAAAGGCUGGAAUGGAUGGUAUCCUCCACCCGAAUACGAGAAAUCAAACAUCUAUAACAACACCUUAAAAAACGCAGCGGUGAAAUGCGACCAACCGCCCAGUGACCCACCAACGUGCACCAAGUCUGAAGGACCUUGCUUGUUUGAUAUCGAGAAAGAUCCUUGCGAGUAUGUGAAUCUGGCGAGUCAACACAACGACAUCGUUCAGGAACUGUUGGCAAAGUUGGAGAAAUACAGAAAAUCUAGUGUUACGCCCAGAAACCAGCCUACAGACCCUAAGGCGAAUCCAAUAUAUCAUGGUGGAGCUUGGAUUGCAUGGGACGAUUAGAGCUAUUCUUUAUAAUUUUGUCCCGAAUCCUAAUUCAAAGUAAAAUUUUUCUGGUCGGUCGUUGUAAUAGCUUUUAUUAGUUUUAAGACACUCAAUUGAAAUACGCUGCUCUGCUGCAGAAAAAAAUAUGGACUUAAAGAUUAUAUGGAGAGUUCAAUUGUGGCAAACUUUAGUUUAAAAGUUUGUUACUAGAUGUUGCAAAAUAGCUUACCUAUCAGUAGCUGGCGACACACGCCUUUACUAUCUAUUAGCCUCACUAACGCCGGCAUGUCAGGCCAAAAUGAGCAUCAUGUUUUUCAUUGUCACAUCAAAGCAUUUGCUGAAAGACAGCCGAGUUUGGAUUGGAAACUAACGAGAAAGUAUGAUCUAAAAAAAAAAACGAUGGUGUGGGGUUAGGGUAGGUGGGAUAAUUUUUGUAGGUUAACGAUUUUUAAAAAACCACUCAGAGGCGGAAAUAUUUUCGAGAUUAAGAAUUUUAAUCAGUUGGUGGAUUCAAUAAAGACAAAGUGUUGGAAAG